CUCUCCCGCCAUUUUCGCUCCACCGCAGGUCUCUUUCUUCCUCAAUCUCUCUCCAUCGGAUGAACAACUAAUUGAUCAAUCCACAUACAUUUGAGCCCCUCUUUGAAUAAUGCCAAACAGUGCAAGCAAUUUGCUUCUAUUUCUGGUACCCUAAUUUCCAUUUUUAUCUAUCAACUAUAUUCCCGCCACUGACAAGGAUUUCAAUCAUCAUUGAAGUCCUUUUCAUUUGGUUGUCAUCCAUUAGUCUAGGUGAAUUUCAAUUUAAUAGAAUUUGGUAAUUAGAUUGCAUGAAAAAGAAGGGAUUUUAGAUAUGGCUAGAGAUUGUAAUGCUGUGAGAUCGACUCCACCUGGGAUUUUGCUCAUAAGAAAGGUUAGGGGUAGGAAUUGGAGCUUUAAAACAUACAGAUAUGUUGUUUUAUUGGUUACAUUUAUAGCAUAUGCAACCUACCAUGCUUCAAGGAAGCCCAGCAGCAUUGUUAAGAGUGUUCUAGAUCCUGAGCAUCAGAAGGGUAAUGGUAUAAUUUAUCCUUGGCCUAUAGGAGAUUUCUUUGUGAAGAAGGAAGAUGUGGAUAUUUCAUAUCAGGAGGGUUGGAAACCAUUUAAUGGGAAAGAUGGGACAUAUAAACUGGGAGAGAUAGAUGUUGCUUUUUUAGCUUGCUAUUCAAUGGGGUUAUAUGUAGCAGGUCACUUAGGUGACUCUUUAGAUCUCAGGUUGGUUUUGACAACCGGUAUGAUUGGGAGUGGUACUUUCGUGGGGCUUUUUGGGAUGGGUUAUUUCUGGGAUAUUCAUGAGUUCUGGUUUUACCUAGUAAUGCAAAUGGUGGCAGGUUUAUUUCAGGCAACUGGAUGGCCUUCAGUUGUGGCUGUUAUUGGUAAUUGGUUUGGGAAAAGGAAAAGGGGAUUGAUUAUGGGUGUUUGGAAUGCACAUACUUCUGUUGGGAAUAUAAGUGGGUCUCUUCUUGCUGCUAGUGUUUUAGAAUAUGGAUGGGGAUGGUCUUUCAUACUUCCAGGAUUUUCAAUCAUUUUAGGGGGUUUAAUUGUAUUCAUAUUCUUGGCUGCUUAUCCGGAGGAUGUUGGUUUUUCUAACCCAGAUGAUUUUCUAGAAACUCCUAAAACUGCCCGUGGCGGCGAUGAAGAAGCUCGAUUCAAUAAAGAGGUUGAAACUCAAGGGAUGAUAAGGUUUGGUUCGACAAGUAAGAAAAGUGUAGGGAUUUUACAGGCUUUUGCUAUACCAGGAGUUAUACCUUUUGCUUUAUGCCUCUUCUUCUCAAAGCUUGUGGCCUAUACAUUCUUAUAUUGGUUACCAUUUUAUUUGAGUCAGACAGAUAUUGGUGGAGAAUAUAUAUCGGUGAAAUCUGCUGGAAAUCUAUCGACUCUAUUUGAUGUUGGGGGUAUAGUUGGUGGGAUUAUGGCUGGAUAUAUAUCUGAUAAGCUUAAAGCUCGAGCAACAACUGCAGCGUGUUUUUUAUAUGCAGCAAUCCCUGCUAUGCUUCUAUAUCGACAAUAUGGGAGUGUUUCGAAGACAGUUAACGUUUUACUAAUGGUGGUGGCUGGAUUAUGUGUAAAUGGACCUUAUGCACUUAUUACAACUGCAGUUUCAGCUGAUCUUGGUACACACAGUUCGCUUAAAGGGGACACUCGAGCUUUGGCAACUGUCACUGCAAUUAUUGAUGGAACUGGAUCUGUUGGUGCUGCUCUUGGACCUCUUCUUACAGGAUUCCUUUCUACUAAAGGAUGGGACUCGGUUUUUAUCAUGCUAAUGUUGUGUGCACUUAUUGCUGGCCUCCUUUUGUCACGUUUGGUCAUUGCUGAACUAACCGAUAGAAAACAUCAAAGGUCUUCUUCAUUUGAUAAUGAUCAUUCCAGUGGAGGCUCUGGUUCUCAACCCCUUCUAAAUGAUCAAAGGUGAUAUGAACCAUGUAUUUAGAUCAGUAGUAUAUAUCAAGAUGUUCAUGCAUACAUAGUAAUAGGUUUACUUAUGAAAGAGGCACAUAUAGUAAAUAUCUUUCAUAAGAAAAAAUUCAUAUGCUUUUUUCAAAAACAAUUAUGUAAUUUUCAUUUUUCUGU